AUGACCGUACACGGACAACGGUCAAGUUCUUCGGAAGCGCACAUGUCAUCAGCAUUUACGACGAGCAGCUCUCCCAAUGGAUUUGAUGUUAGUCCUGGUGUUUUCCCGAUUGCUAAGAUGAAUCGUUCAUGGAACGGACUAGUGUUUCAGGUAUCGCCUCUGCCAAACGGCAGAAUUCCAAACGGGUAUAUAUCUGUCGAGGAAGCACAAAAACCUGAUAUUCCUCGGAGCAUUUCCGACCCUUCGGAAAACGGUAGGAAGUAUCCAACGCCGGAUGGUUCCCGGUAUUGUUCAACAUUGAGCCGAGCGCCUCUGACAAAUGGGUAUCGUACAUUGGAUGGAGUUCGAAGAGAAUUUCCUAGGAGUAUAUCUUAUCAAGAAAAUUAUCAUGGAAAUGUACCAGUUCCAGAUGUUUCCCGGAACUCCCCAAGUUUGAGUAAUUCUUAUUCUUCGGGUCAGUAUCAUUCCCAAUCAGGACUAAAUGAUUCCGGAAGUCUUAACUCCUCCAGAUAUUUGGAAAGUGAGGAAGAGCCGGAGUAUGUAACUUUGGACAAUAGUUAUGUUUUCCCGUCACGAGGGCAACAGAGUCCCUCGACAUCCCCUUCCAAGUAUAACCUUAAUUUCCGGAGGAAUCAACUGAACGGAUCUGUCCGAUCGGAAAACAUCCGGAUUAUCAACAAUCAUAUAGCUGCGGAAAGAGACCGUAUAGUUGGAAAUCAAUUAAAGGAGAAACAGAAAACCCGAAACAGUUUGAAGAGAAUCGCGGAAAAUAUUGGUGCAGUUUUGACACCAAGAGGAGGGUCAAAGAUUGUGAAAGAUGAAAAUGUUGUGUUGGGGAUGGGAAGGGCGCGUAGUAAAUCUGUGGGAGACCUUAGGGAAUACAAACAUCAAAAUGAUGAUGAUGUUGGAGAAUACUCAUGUUGCUAUAGUGACGAUGAUGAUGGUGACGACUUUGGAUUUCUUAGUUACCCUUUUGCUUCUUCCUCUCUUUCUUUAGCUAUGAGCAAAAGCAAAUCGCAUUCCCAAACGCACGCGAUUCUACCCAAGAAAUGGCGGAGUAAGACACGACCUCUCCCGGGGGUAGCGACGUGUAUGUGGAGCCCACAGGAGAAUUGUACGUGGUGCAGUGUCAGCGGGCGCAAGGUUGUGCUCAAACCUACCUCAUUACUCCAACUGACAGAAAAGGAAAGGCUUGCGCUACAGAAAAUAGCUCUCUCUAAACUGCAGGAUAUGGGAUUGGGAUGUAAUGUGACAAUACCUAAAGAGCCUACGGAAACCCGGCGGCACAAACGGCCUACGUUAUCCUUCGCCAAGGCGCGGAGAGCUCGCUCGGCCAACCUUAGUGCCUUAAUCGACAAGGUCAAGGACAAAGAUAAUGACCACAGUCUAGAUAACGGGUCCUCGGGGAUGGUGUUUGGUAUCCAUCUUGCCAAAUGUAUAGCCAAUGAUGCCGAACUCCAAAAACGCAAAAGUGCUGCUUCCUUAAAAGACCGGUCAGAUGACGUCAUCUUACACCGGAGGGGGCCAAGAAAAUCCAGCAGUUCCUCCCACGAUUCCUUGGACAAUCUUGCGGAAAAUGGAACAUCUAGUUUAUCUCCGGCUGUCAAUAGAAGGGCGCCCAGUUCCGACUCUUUAUCUGAAUCAGACUGCAGUCGGAACACCAAUAAUUCUAGUCUUCUGGACGCUUUGUCGUUAUCCACAUCGCGACAAGGGAGUCUGCCAACGGAACACACAGAGUACACUUCCGGUUCACCACAAGUGCCACAUAUUGUAAACACGUGUUUUAAACAUAUAGAAACGUAUGGCUUACGGGUUUUAGGAAUUUUUAGAGUUGGAUCAUCUAAGAAAAGAGUGAAACAGCUUCGGGAGGAAUUCGAUAGUGGAAAAGACGUCAAAUUAAAUGAAUCACACAACCCGCACGAUGUAGGGGCGUUACUCAAAGAGUACUUCCGGGAUUUACCGGAACCGCUCCUAACACGUGACUUAUACUCAGCCCUUGUUGCCACGAGACGGUUAUCGUCCUUUGAGGAGCAAAUCUUAUCCCUGAAGUAUCUUAUUUAUCUACUUCCGGCGCCCAACAGAGACACGCUGUUUGCCCUUCUCAGCUUCCUUUCGAACGUGGACGCUCAUUCCACGGACGCUGUCGACGAAAAUAACGAAACGUUACCGGGAAACAAGAUGGAUUCACACAAUCUGGCAACGCUGUUUGGACCGAACAUCCUACACAAAUGUAAGCCGACAGAGAAGGAAUUCCUUGUGGAAAGUAUAGAGCGUGCCGAGGAGCGUAAAGAAGUUAUAGAUGUUGUUAAGGAGAUGGUGGACAAUUACUCGUCAAUAUUUUUGGUACCUGCUGGUCUUUACGACGAAGUGCUUAGGCAAAUCGUCGAGACGGAACCGGAAGUAGCAGACCGCAUAUUUCAGAAGCUCGCCAAUGAUGUUGGUGUGGACGGCGAUCCGGACACGACUUCCAGUAGUCUGUUUGACGACACUGAGUCCUUACCAAAUUCACCAUGCAGCGAGGCGGAUAUAAACAACUCUUCACAGAGACUGCCAGGAUUGCACCCGCCAUUACGCACUUCACAAAGUGCCGAGAAUAUGUCUCCGAGAACGCGUCGGAGAUUCUUUUUCUCCAACAACGACAAUGACAAAACAAACAGUGAGAACGCCGAGCGAGAGAGACGGCGAUUUAGAUUAAGGUUCGACAGGAGCCCAAGUCCGCGUCCUCAACGAACACCUAAAGCGAGCAGCUCACGAGUACCUAAAGUAAAAGUGUCGGACAGCGCAAGCCCGGAAGUGAUACUGAGGCGACCUCGCUCUGAAUAUGUGGAAAGACCGUCACAUCUAGAGCGACCGCAUUCAGAAAACCUUAGUAACUGCCUUGCCAUUCCAAAACCGGAUUACGCGCGACAAAAUAGUAGCUGCAGCAUAGGAAGUAUUGUCAAUACCUCAUCUACAAACAGUCCAGUUGGGUCGGAAUCACCCUCACAAUGGCUGCUUCCUACGCCCCCAGUCUCGGGGUCGAACUCACCCAAGUCCUGCCGCAAGGUGUCGUCCUCGCAGCAGAGACCUCUGGGAAUGUUAAGUGGACACGGAAAUGACGUUAGGGAAACACCACCAAAAGGUUUGUCAGCAUGGGAACGAGAAAAAUGGCGACAGUGGGAGAUAAUGGCGGCGGAAAAUGCGGACGAUUCAUAUGAAAAGGAAACUCUAGUGUGAAAGUGGCGUAUGACAAGUGUGCUAUUUAUUCAUAACUAUAUAUUAAUUGAUAGUUACUGUUUUAUACUGGAGCAUAAUGCUAUCGAUGUGUCCUCAUUAUGUAGUAUAUUUAUCAUUAGAAAGCCGGGAAAAACCACAUAUUUCAUCUCCAGAUGUGAAUGUUUAAGCAAUAUCUUUGUGACCUAACUUACCAAACAUUAAACUAAUAUAUAAUCGAAGUUUUAUAGAACAUAUAGGUCGUAGAGCGCGUGUGGCAGAAACAGAUGAACAGAAGCUUGCUUUUUGGUAAUUAAAUGCAAAAAAUACGUCACAAAAAUGAUAAAAUAUUUUUUAUCCGUUCAGUUGUGCAAUAAUAUGACGGAAAUAUUCUAUAUAGGGGUUGUUUUAUUAUCGCUAUUGAAAUCAACAUUGCAUUAACAAUCACGUGAUCUAGGUAGAGUCCGUAGCUGGGUCUAUACAGAUUAUUACUGACAAUCCCAGUGCCUCGAUCAGUUAAACGUGAGGGUAGAUUGAUUAGGCUGCAAGGUGUCAAAACCAACCGAGUUCGAAUUCAAUCAAUUCCGAUUUCUGUAUCAUGUAUUGCAAAUUCACAUCAUUUUUUUGUCAUGUUUACAACAAUUGAAUUCUGACACGUAUGUUAUUGAUGAGAUCUCUUUAUAGCUAUUUGGCACAUUAAAGAAUGAAUUUAGUUUUCAAAUGUCGCGAUAAUUGUGCAAUUUACACAAGAAAUUUACAUAUAAAGUGCAGUUUGUAACAUAAAAUUGAAAAUUCACGAUAUAAUUUUGUUUUGUUUGGUUUUUACGUCGGCAAUUUGUUUAAUUUAAAUUUAUAUGCUUGAUAAAUCUUCAAUUAAAAAAUCGUUUUCAAAUUUGUGUAUUUAAAUUUCAAAGCAAAUCUGUAUGUUUAUCAUUAGAAACCUAAUUAUCUUCCCACAAUAUAUCCUAACAGAAGUAGUCUGGUCGGAUAUAAGAAGUUAAACGAUAAACAAACAACAAAACGUAACCUCCCAAUAAAAUGUUUUAUUUGAAUUUUGGUUUGAGACGUUGUAGCCAAAUGUUCUAUGUCAGUCAAAGCCACGUGGCAUCCUGAAAUCUCACGAGAUCUUUUUUUUUGGAUCGUGUGACCUUGACUAACUUGAAGAUGAUAUCAUAUAUGUAUUUCUAUUUUAACAGUCAUGUUUUGAUAUUAUAGAAACAUUCUCGGAAGUGCUGUAGAGAGAAGAUUUUAUACUGAGGACCUUAGAAUUGUACAUAUAUAAUGUUAAUCAUCCUUUGUUCUGUUGAAGCCGACUCAUUGUUGCGAUAUAAGGAUGGCUUUGUCUUAUUUAUCAGUUGUCUUUAGACAUGGAGACAAUAAAUAUUAAAAAUCAAAAGAAAACAAAAA